AUGACGACCACAGCACCCGACCCCCGCGCGCUCGUCCUCAACGUCCCACACAUCGUCGACGAAAUCCUCGCCUCCGUCGACCGCAGCACGCUCGUGCCCUGCCUGCGGAUCAAGGCACUGCACGACAGCGCCGGCAAGCGGCUGUACCACACUGUCCGCGUCGACUCGGGGACCAUGGCGUCCUUUUUCCGCAGCGCGCAGCUCCCGUCCAGCCUGCGCACCUUCCUCUGGCCAGGCUACGCGCUCACCACCCGCCCAACAAGCAGCGACUUCAAGACGCCGCUCCUCGCCCAUGUCCGCGUCCUUUCGCUCGGCUCGCACGCUCCCUUCCCCGGCGUGUGCAGCCCGGGCCCGGCAGGCCUCCUGCCAAACCUGCACACGCUGCGUAUCGUCCGCUCGCCGGACACCACUGGCCUCCGCCUGCUCCCACUCUGCGGACACUCGACGUACUGCCGCCUCGUGGGCAAGCUCGCGCCGCGCAAGCUCGUCAUUCGUAACCUCGACGAACGCGAAGACUACCUCCCCUCGCGCUGGCCUGCGCGCGCACCGCACGAGAUCGUGUGGGUCCUCCCGACGGACGGGCGACGUUCCCGCCGCCAACCGACGAACAACGACGGCGAGCUCGCGCUCCUGCCCACUGCCAAGGCCAAGUUCAUCUACCACGAGACCUGGGAAGUGUCAGGCACACAUGUGUCCUUCCUCACCUAUGGCGUCCCGCGGACCGUCAUUUCGCAGUACAUCGACAUGGUCCUCGAGUUGGCCCAGAACAUGGCCGCCAACUUUCUCGCCCUACGUUCGGACCUGCCGAUGGACGAAGUUGAUACCCACAUAAACACCGACGACUUGGCCCGCUGGCGUCGCUUCAUCCCUGGCGGGCAGGCCCUCACUCCAGACAAGAUAGUUGCCGUGUUCAACAACGCCUUGAGCCGCACCGAGAGAGAGCUGUUGGCGCACAACACGUUUCACAUGUGGCACUAUGCCGCGCUCGAUGAGGCCGAGCGCGCGUACGAGCUCGACGACGGGAGCAUGGGAGUCACGUCGCCGGCCCACCACCUCCUCGAGAUCCCGCGCGUCGUCGACAGACUCCUCGCCGACGUCGACAAGCGCACCCUGGUCGCAUGUCUGUAUGUGAAGCCACUCCACGCCGCGGCCCGCACGGAGCUCCGCCUCACCACGAAGGCCGCUACCGCCGGGAGCAUCAUCGCCAACUCGCAGCACAUCGUGGACGCGAUCCUCGCCCACGCGGACCGCCUGACACUCGUCACCGCGCUGCGCGUCAACGCGACGUGGCUUGACGCGGCGGGCAAGGUGCUCUACCACACUGUCCGGGUGGACCGUUUCAACAUCACCUCCUUCUUCCGCGGGGCGCUGGUCGGUACCGAUACCAAUGAGGAUACGGGGUGCGCGGGGGCCAGCUGCGCGCGGUUUGGCGAGAAGGUCGGCGUGCCCGCGCAGUCUCCGGGAAAGACGCGCGGGCAGAAGAAGAACGCGCGUAAGGCCAAAAUGAAGAAGAGCGCGUCCGUCACCAACUUCAAGGCGUCACUCCUCGCCCGUGUCCACGUCCUCUCCCUCGGCGCGCACCACGGCUGCGUGUGUACCCUUUACGGACCGCACAUGCCUUCCCUCCUCCGUCACCUCGACACGCUGCGCAUAGUGCCCGCCCCGGCAUCAACGCACACCCUCCAGCCGCUGUGCGACGCGCGCGAGUGCGCGCUCUUCGCCUGCGCAACGCCGCGCCGCGUCGUGCUGCGUAACCUCGACGGCGGGUCGGGACCCAGCUGGCCCCAGUACCUCCCGUUUGACGGCGACGCGCCGUUCGCCGAGGUGGUGUGGGUGCUCCCGACCAAGGGCGAGCGGUACGGCGACGACGGCGGGCUGAUCGGCGCGGGGCAAUUCGGGCGCGCAGCGACAACGUACGUCUUUGCCGACUGGGAGCUAUGGCGCGCCCCGGCGGGCUCGAGCCUCGCCAACUUCUUCGACGUGGUCAACAACAAGCGCUUCCCCGUCUUACCGUCGGACGUGAUCUACGUCGUGGGCAGCCCGUCGUUCGGGCCGCCGCCGACGGUCGUCGGGCUCGAGAGGCUCCAGUUCACCGCCCGCGGCGCCGACGACGUCGUCGGCACGUUUAAGCACCACUUCCCGCAUGUACACCUCGACAACGACCGCCUCCUCCGCAUGGUGCGCGACGAGCUGCGUACCCAGGCCCUGCAGUGUGCGCUCCUCACGGGCCAGUACGACCCCGCCGACUGCCCGGAGUGGAUCACGUACCACACCCUGGACGAGUACGCCGCCCUGCCGGAGAGCCACGGCGUGCUGCACGACGGCAUGCGCGAGGCGCUGGAGAUGGCGGAACGUGAUGGCGUCGAGCUGGGCGUGGAGUUUGUGCCGCAGCACAAUGGCAUGUUCGACCUCAAGACGUCUUUCACGCACAUCCUCCUCCAAAUCCCGCACAUCGUCGAAGCGAUCCUCGCCCCCCUCGACCGGCGCACCCUGCUGUCCUGCCUGCGCGUACACCUCCUCCACGACAGCGCAGGCAAGCUCCUCUACCGCACUGUCCGCGUCCAUCGGUCCAACCUAGCCACCUUCUUCCUCGGCGCGCUAGUCGGCACGCGCACCGAGGAGACGGGGUGCUCGGGGGCGGGAUGUACCCGGUUCACGCACGAGACGGUCAUGUACCUCUCGCGCGGGAAGCUCCAGCGUCAACUGGAGCAGGAGGAGGAGGAAGCCAAGACGGUCGACAGCGGCGCGAACACGACAAACUUCAAGGCCCCCCUCCUCGCCUACGUCCGCGUCCUCUCGCUGUCGUCGCACCACGUGUGCGCUUGCCGUCUCUACGCGCCGCACCUCGCCACCAUCUUGCCCAACCUCCGCACGCUGCGUAUUGUGCCUGCCCCAGCGUCCGACCACACUCUCGAGCGACUAUGCGACGCGCGCGAGUGUGCGGUCUUCGCCAGCGCGGUGGCACGGCGGCUUGUCCUAUGCAACCUCGAUGCCCACGCCGGCGCGCUCUCCGGCUGGCCCCUGCGCGCGCGGUACGACGAGCGGCCGCCGUUCAAGCACGUCGUGUGGGUCCUCCCUACCUCUGGGGCGGGGUACGCCGGCCGGGGGAUCAAGUUUUCCCGGGGCUUCUUCGGACCUACGCCCCACACCUACGUCUUCGCCGACUGGGAGGUAUGGGUGCCGCCCGCAGGGUGGGAUCUUCGCCGCCGUAGGCUCCCGCCGGUCAACCCUUCGGACGUGGUCCAUGCCAUUGGCGGCGCUGGGGACACCUGUCGCUCGCCCUCGCCCACUGUUGUCGGCCUGGAGCGCGUCGCGCUCCGCGACUAUGGGGACGAGAUAGGCCGCAUGUUCGCCCACUCCGCUCACCUGCGCUGCGAUAGCGCCCACUUGCGCCAGUUGGUACACGACAAGCUCGACGCCUCCGCUCGCGACAGCAACAACGACGGCAUCACCGAACCCGCGCCUGUCGUGUUCCACACCCUUGAAGAAUACGCACUGGACCCCGAGAGCCGCGGCGUGCUCGACGACGGAAUGCGCGACGACCCGCCCGAGCCUCCCAAGCCGACACCGACACCGACACAGGCACCCCCGACACCGACACCCGUUCCCGCCCCGCCGGCGCCCACUGGGAGGCGCGGAGAGCCAUACGUGCUCCACCCCAACUGCCGCGAGCCUCUCAAGACGGCCAUCCACGUCUUCUGCAACAUCAUGUAG